CCGAUUCCGCGAGCCCCCGCUCCCGCGACAGCGACGCCGCCGCCCGCCCGACCCCCAACCCCGACUUCCAGGCUCCCACCCACGCGCCCGCGCCGUCAGGAAGGCAGCCUCCACGGAGCCGUCCUCCACUCCUCCAGGCUCCAGGGAUCCAGCGGGGCACGAGCGCCGGGCCACCGCCGCCCGCCGCCCCGACCCCGACGUGUCGCCGUCGCGGCCGCGCCGGCCGGCUGGUCCCCGACCGGCAUCCCCCGCGUUGCCGUCCAACUCCAGUGGUCAAGCGCCUCGCUCUGCUCUGCAUAACUGCCGACUGGUUUUUGGAUAUGCAUAUAUGCUGGGCAUUUUGUGUCAGAGGGAUGUCUGAUGCUGCGUCGUUGUUCAGUCCACAUGCAACGGCAGGAAGCAAUUGCCCACGGAAACAGCAAGUGCCCAGUCAAUUGUCCGCCGUGAUGUGGCGCGGUCUGGCACCACAGCACUCGCGUAGCUGAUGACAGAGAGGACAAAAUAGCGUGAAUUGCUGCAGACUUUCACGCCAAAAAGAUAACACCAUCGCUGUUCCUUUAGCUUUCUUUUGCAAUUCCAAAGGCAAAGAAGAAGCGAUUGAUUGAAGAUCGGUUCCGGGCUGCUAUAAAGUUUGCUUCUGUACUACCGAGAUGGAAGAAGGGGCUAAUAUAGCGCACCAGGAUUCCAAUACUCAGCAUGUCUAUGCACUACUCUCAUACUUGGUGCUUUUCUGAUACAGUAAGACCUUGAUGCCUUGUUUGGCACCUUAUGUUGGUAUGGAAUUUAGAAAUUCAGAUGAGGCUUGUCAUUUUGGAUUAGCUAUGGUGCACAAAAAGGCUUUGAGGUGAGAAAAAGGUACACAAACAAAGGCAAAUCCGAUGGCAAGGUUACAUCAUGUAGAUUUGUUUGUUCAAAUGAGGGUUAUAGACGGCAUGACAAAAGGGAUCAUUUAACAAAGCGUCCUCGGGCUGAAACUAGAACUGGUUGUGAAGUCCACAUGAGUAUUAAAAUGGACCGAAAGAAGGGCUGCUUUGAAGUGUUUGAGCUGGUUUUGGAGCACAAUCACAUAGUAUACCUGCCAGAAACCUUACACUUAAUGAUGUCGCAAAAGAAAAUUUCAGAUUUACCUGCCUUUGAAAUUGAAACAGCAGAUGAUGCAGGAAUUGAGCCGAAAGCAGCACAUGAGUUGGCUAGUUGCCAAGUUGGUGAAUCACUCAAUCUUAGCGACAACCUUCAAGAUCACAUGAACUAUUUGCCGACCAAGCGUCAAUGGGUGAUGGCAUAUGGCCAAGCAGGUAGCAUGCUUAAGUAUUUUCAAGAUAAAAUUGCUGAGAACCCAUCAUUCCAAUAUGCAUUGCAAAUGGACUGUGAAGAACAAAUUGCAAACAUAUUCUGGGUUGAUGCUAAAAUGAUAAUGGACUAUUCACAUUUUGGUGAUGUUGUUAGUUUUGACACUACUUUUGGAAUAGACAAGGAGAGCCAACUUUUUGGUGUUUUUUGUUGGAUUCAAUCAUUUCAGAGAAAUUGUAGUUUUUGGUGCCGCUCUUAUGUAUGAUAAAACAUUUGAGUCCUUCAAGUGGCUGUUUGAGACCUUUCUAAAAGCUCAUAAUGGGCAGCAACCUAAAACAAUCUAUACAAAUCAAGAUUAUGCAAUGGAAAAGGCAGUUGCAGAAGUUUUUGUAGAAGCAUGGCAUGGAUUAUGCACCUUUCACAUCAUGCAGAAUGCCAUCAAACAUCUAUGUGAAGAGAAGAAUGAAGACACUAAUAUUCUUUCAGAUUUUGGAGCAUGCAUGUUUGAGUAUGUGGACAUGGCAGAAUUUGAACAUAAAUUUAACAUCAUUCGGAAAAAGGGUGGGAAAACAAACUUGGUUGGAUGGUAUAUACAAGUUGAAAGAAAAAUGGGCUGAAUGUUAUAUGAAGGAUGUCUUCACAUUAGGAAUGAGAAGAACACAGUCGAAUGAGAGUCUGACCAAUGACCUGAAAAUCCAUUUCAAAUCUGAUUUUGUUAUCAUUGAGUUCUUCAUACAUUUUGAAAGGGUGGUGCAAGGAAAAAGGGAUAAUGAACUGAACAAAGAGUUUGAUUCAAGGAGAAAUUUGCCUAAAGUCUGUAUGAGGAGACCACCACCUAUUUUGGUGCAGACUAGCAAGCUGUAUACACCUGUUAUAUUUGAAGCUUUUCAAGGUGAAUAUGAAAAAUCUUUGGCAGCUUGCACCAAGGCAUUGGAGGGUAAUAAUGAAUAUCUAGUGGGGGAUUUUACCUUUAAGGAGGAGUAUAAAGUUAUCGGUGAUCCUUCAAAGCAAACAGUUGUAUGCAGCUGCGGGCAAUUCGAUAGAACUGAGAUAUUAUAUGCCCAUGCUCUUAAAGUUCUUGAUUUGAUGAAUAUCAAAUUACUACCACCACAAUAUGUGUUAAAGAGAUGGACAUGGGAAGCAUGGAUUGGAACUGUACAAGACAACCAAGGAAGAAAUAUAGCUGAAAAUCCAAUGGAUGCUAUGCUUCGCUACAAAUUCAUGUCUCGCAAAUUUCUCAAUUUGGCACAUCGAGCAGCCAACUUUCCAGAAUGCACCAUGUUAGUAGAUAGCGCACUUGACAUCCUUGGUAAGCAAAUUGAAGACAAAGUCAAUGGAUGUACAAGCGCUGAUCCAUGUACAGCUCGCGCCGAUGAUCUUUUUACUGGGGAGCUUGUUUUCUGGUGAAGCAAGCAAGAUCGCAUUUUGCAAGCAAGUAGUAUGCAUGUAUGCCAUGUCUGAAUGCAUGUCAAGUUCCAGGACCAUGUUCAUCUGGUGACACUGAAUUUUGCCAUUCUUUGCCACCUGAAUUAUAUUAAAUCGACAAUAUUCAGUGUUCUAACGGCA